ACCUCUGAGCGUCGCUGUCGGUCAAAAGAACGAAGAGAAGAUCCAGAGAAGCUUUUGGGAGCCUCUUAGAAGGGAACUUCCUGCACAAACCAACCACGCAGAGGAGGCCAGUGUAGAUUCGGAAACAGAAAACAAAGGCAGGAAAAGUGACCUGAGCCCGGAUUCUGCCAUCCUCGGAAGGCUUAUUCCUCCUAUGGGCAAAGGAGCACAGGGAGCCCGAGGGAGACAGAAGAUGAAGGCGAGCGCAGGGAGGUACGGGCUGGUGUGGUGGCUGCAGGUACUGUUGCCCUUCCUGUUGUCCUUGUUCCCCGGGGCUCUCUCAGACCAGAUCCGCUAUUCAAUUCCAGAGGAGCUGGCCAAAAACUCUGUCGUAGGAAACCUCGCCAAGGAUCUGGGGCUCAGCGUCCGGGACUUGCCUGCCCGGAAGCUGCGGGUUAGCGCAGAGAAGGAAUAUUUCACAGUAAACCCAGAAAGCGGGGACUUAAUUGUGGGUGACAAAAUAGACCGAGAGCAGAUAUGCGGGAAGCAGCCUCUGUGUGUUCUGGAUUUCGAUACUGUCGCUGAAAACCCACUAAAUAUUUUCCACAUAGCAGUAAUUGUGCAGGAUAUAAAUGAUAAUACCCCACUAUUCAAACAGAGUAAGAUUCAUUUAAAAAUUGGCGAAUCCACUAAGCCAGGUACAACAUUUCCACUUGACCCAGCUCUGGAUUCAGAUGUUGGUCCUAAUUCACUACAAAGAUACCACCUUAAUGACAACGAGUACUUUGAUCUCGCUGAGAAACGGACUCCAGAUGGACGUAAAUAUCCUGAGCUGAUUCUAAAACAUUCUCUGGACAGAGAAGAGCAUAGUUUCCAUCAACUGGUCCUCACAGCUGUGGAUGGCGGAGACCCACCUCAAAGCGGCACGACCCAAAUCCGAAUCCAAGUCACGGAUGCCAAUGAUAACCCUCCGGUGUUCAGCCAGGAUGUGUACAGGGUCACCCUGAGGGAGGACGUGCCCCCGGGCUUCUUUGUGCUUCAAGUGACGGCCACUGACCGGGAUGAAGGCAUAAACGCGGAGAUCACCUACUCCUUUCAUAAUGUGGACGAACAAGUCAAACGCUUUUUCAACUUAAAUGAAAAAACAGGAGAAAUCACGACAAAGGAUGAUUUGGAUUUUGAGAUUGCAAGUAGUUACACUCUGAGUAUUGAAGCAAAAGAUCCUGGAGAUCUAGCAGCCCACUGCAGUAUCCAAGUUGAAAUUCUUGAUGAGAAUGAUUGUGCACCUGAAGUUAUUGUGACUUCAGUAUUUACUCCCCUACCAGAGGAUUCGCCACCAGGAACAGUCAUCGCCUUGAUAAAAACGAGAGACAGAGACUCUGGAGAAAAUGGAGAAGUUUACUGCCAAGUGUUGGGAAAUGCCAAGUUUAUUUUGAAAUCUUCCUCAAAGAACUAUUACAAACUAAUGACAGACGGCGCCCUGGACCGGGAGGAGAUCCCAGAAUACAAUCUCACCAUCACAGCCACCGACGGGGGCAAGCCGCCUCUCUCCUCCAGCAUAAUUGUCACCUUGCACAUCUCCGACGUCAACGAUAAUGCCCCACUUUUCCAACAGACUUGCUACAUGGUUCACGUGGCAGAGAACAAUCCUCCUGGCGCCUCUAUCGCUCAAAUCAGUGCCUCUGACCCUGACUUGGGCCCCAAUGGCCAAGUUUCCUACUCCAUCCUAGCGAGCGACCUGGAGCCGCGGAAGAUUUUAUCCUACGUGUCCGUGAGCGCGCAGAGCGGGGUUGUGUUCGCGCAGCGCGCCUUCGAUCAUGAGCAGCUGCGCGCCUUCGAACUCACACUGCAGGCCACCGACCAGGGCUCACCUGCGCUCAGCGCCAACGUGAGCCUGCGCGUGUUAGUGGGCGACCUCAAUGACAAUGUGCCACUGGUGUUGUACCCCGCGCUGGGGCCCGAUGGCUCCGCCCUCUUCGAUAUGGUGCCACGCGCCGCAGAGCCCGGCUACCUAGUGACCAAGGUGGUGGCGGUGGACGCAGACUCGGGACACAACGCUUGGCUGUCCUACCACGUGCUGCAGGCCAGCGAGCCCGGGCUCUUCAGCCUGGGGCUGCGCACGGGUGAGGUGCGCACAGCGCGUGCCUUGGGCGAGAGGGACGCGGCCCGCCAGCGCCUGCUGGUCGCUGUGCGUGAUGGAGGACAGCCGCCACUCUCCGCCACCGCCACGCUGCACCUAAUCUUCGCGGAUAGCCUGCAAGAGGUAUUGCCAGACCUUAGCGACCGCCCUGAGCCCUCUGACCCCCAGACGGAACUGCAGUUUUACCUGGUGGUGGCCUUGGCCUUGAUCUCAGUGCUCUUCCUCUUCGCGGUAAUUCUGGCAAUCUCCCUGCGCCUGCGACGCUCUUCCAGUUCAGACGCUUGGGGCUGCUUUCAGUCUAGUCAGUGCUCCAAGCCUGGACCUGAGGUUCUCCCCAAUUACAGUGAGGGAACAUUGCCCUUUUCCUACAACCUGUGUGUUGCCUCACAAUCAGCCAAGACAAAGUUUAAUUUUCUGAACGUAACCCCGGAAUUGGUUCCCUCACAAGAUCUCCUCUGUGACAAUGCCUCUUGGGAACAAAAUACAAAUCAUGCAGACGCUGGGGUCCCUUUUGCCUCAGAUACUAUUUUAAAGGUGAGCUUUAAUUAAUUUAUUUUCACUUCUGGUUUUAUUGUUUCACCUAAUUUGGGUAGGAAGUUC